GGUUUCACCAGCAGAGAACCGAACAGAAGAGGAUUGAAUUCUUCCAGGUUGACAGGAGGAGCCCUUGCAGUCAAUUGGAAGCUUUCCUCUCACACAUAGCAACAAGAUGGGCAAAAAGAGUCGAGUGAAGACCCAGAAAUCAGGGACUGGGGCCACAGCUGCGGUCUCUCCCAAAGAGAUGAUGAACUUAAUCUCUGAACUACUUCAGAAGUGUAGCAGCGCUGCUCCUUCUCCUGGGAAAGAGUGGGAGGAAUAUGUUCAGAUCCGAGCUUUGGUGGAGAAGAUACGCAAGAAGCAGAAAGGGAUAUCAGUGGUGUUCGAGGGCAGCAGAGAGGACUUUUUCUCUGAGCUGAUGUCCUGGGCUGCAGAGUGUGGAGCUUCUUGUGAUGGUUUUGAGAUCUUCAACUUUGCUGAUGAAGGAUAUGGCCUGAAGGCUACAAGAGAUAUUAAGGCAGAGGAGCUGUUCCUGUGGAUCCCCAGAAAAAUGCUGAUGACAGUGGAAUCCGCCAAGAACUCUGUCCUUGGGCCUCUGUACAGUCAAGACCGGAUCCUCCAAGCCAUGGGCAAUGUGACUCUGGCUCUUCACUUGCUGUGUGAACGGGCCAACCCCAGCUCACCCUGGCUCCCCUAUAUCAAGACCCUGCCUGGUGACUACGAUACGCCCUUGUACUUUGAGGAGGACGAAGUGCACCACUUGCUGGCCACACAAGCCAUACAGGAUGUGCUCAGUCAAUACAAAAACUCUGCACGGCAGUAUGCUUACUUCUAUAAAGUCAUCCAAACUCAUCCGAACGCCAGCAAACUACCCUUAAAAGAUGCCUUUACCUUUGACGACUACAGGUGGGCAGUGUCCUCUGUGAUGACCCGUCAAAACCAGAUUCCCACAGCAGAUGGAGGUCGGGUCACACUGGCCCUCAUCCCACUCUGGGACAUGUGCAACCACACCAAUGGCCUGAUUACGACUGGCUACAACCUAGAAGAUGACCGAUGCGAAUGCGUAGCUCUCAAAGAUUACAAAGAGGGCGAACAGAUCUACAUAUUCUACGGUACAAGAUCCAAUGCAGAGUUUGUGAUCCACAACGGUUUCUUCUUUGAAGACAACACACAUGACCGUGUGAAGAUCAAGUUGGGUGUUAGCAAGAGUGAGCGUUUGUAUGCUAUGAAGGCAGAGGUUCUGGCACGUGCAGGCAUUCUUGCGUCGAGUAUCUUUGCCCUGCAUUGCAGUGAACCACCCAUAUCUGCUCAGCUCCUGGCUUUCCUGCGUGUCUUCUGCAUGACUGAAGAGGAACUCGGGGACUACCUGGUGGGCGACCACGCCAUCAACAAGAUCUUCACCCUGGGCAACACUGAAUUCCCUGUCAGCUGGGAGAACGAGAUCAAGCUGUGGACGUUCCUGGAAACACGGGCUGCACUGCUGCUCAAAACCUACAAGACUACUUCAGAGGAGGACCGCUCCAUGCUAAAGAAGCCCAACCUGACCCUGCACUCCUGCACAGCUAUAAAAUUACGCUUGGCAGAGAAAGAGAUUCUCGAGCGAACCGUGUCCAGCGGUCGCGCCAAACGCCUGCACUUCCAAAAGCAACUGAAUGAGGGAGCCCCACUGCCUCUGUACGAAGAAAGUGACAUUGCCCUCCUGGAGAACGCAGACGCCAAACUUCCCAUCAUCCUGCACAAACUGGAAGAGGAGGAUGAGCUGGUUGAAGAGGAGAUGAGCAUGGCCACAAUCAAACCCGACCCAUCCAGUCUGGACACCUCCAAGACCUUGGUUCUUAACGGGGAGUGUAAAGAUCUCAAUGGUACUCAAGAAGAUCCACCAGGAAAUGAUGUAGUGCCAAAAGAGUUGGGUGACAAGAUAAAGGAGACACCUGCACACCAGGAUGACCGAAGUACCAAACGAACUGAAGAUGACCCAAAAGAUGGUGGCGAACAGUCGUAACCAGAGCACAGUGGCAAUCGUAAUUUCUGCAAUUUAUUUAUUUUGUUUAAGAGACUCACAAAUAGGAACAAAAGCUUUCUAAACAAAAAAUGGCAGAGGAUUUCGGUUUAAUUGUCGUGUUUUUGUUUUUUAUUAAAUGCAGCUUACUGCAAGUAUGGAGUUUGAGCUAGCUCAUGUCAAGAAGCCUGUUUUAUUUUGUUUUGAGUUUUUAAUCAGUGCCACAUUGGUUUCUUUUGUAGUAGCUUUGCUCGUGCUGCCAGAAACGGUUCCUUAAACUUCUUAAGGUAUGGAAUCAUGUCUAGAUAAAGGCUAACUUGGACUUCACCAAAUUAAAGAAAGAAAAUAUAUAUAUAUAUUGAAGACUUAAACAUGGUAACGUUGCCAAGGAUGUUUCUGCUUGGUCAUCUAAAAUGCUGAGGCAGGGAAUUUAGUUCUCUUUGACCAGCCAUCACUGUAGAUCACGCCAGAAACAUGCUUGACAUGUCAGUGUCACUAGACAAUCAUUCGUUUUUAUGUUUUGAAAUCACAGAAAGUGCUGCUUGCUAAUUGUUACCCGAGUGAAAAAAUUUAAGACAUUAUGCCGCUAAAGACAUUAUAUAUAUAUUUUUUUUUUUUGUGCACUUCAGAGAAUGGUUGGUGUGUUCUCAAAGUCAACAUUUUUACUUUUGGAUUUAAAAAUUGACAUUGCAACCCAGACGGGAAGAUAAGAUGUUUUUGGUAACCAUAUGGUUACUACUUGCUGUGAAUGUAGUUCAAAGUUUGUGUGUUAAAGAAAAAACAUCCACUUUUGAGUAUGACAUAUACACUAGUUUUAAAACUCCUUUACUUGUGAGAAAACUUUGUGUUUGAAGGGUUUGCUCACCAAAAUAUGAAAAUUCAGUCAUCACUUACGCAUAUUUUUAUUCCAAACAUUAAUAGUGAAUGUUAACUGAGGCUGCUCAUUCCAUAGAUGACAGAAAUUCCUACAGAUUUGUAACAACAAGAGGGUGAGAAUGAUUACAGAAUUUUCAUAUUUGGAUGAACUAUUUAAGUAGAGAAUGAUAUUUAGUUGGUUUCCAGAUGUGGAAACAACGAUCGAGAAUAAAGUCCUUGUGCACAUAAGAUAUGCACCUCCCACAACACAAACCCAACUUUUAAUCAACAAAUCAUGGAGGAGUUUGUCUCUUAGAAUGGUGUACUUUUACCUAGUCAGACGAUCUAACAGUAGUGACUUGUAUUAGGCCAUGAGAAGUUUCUCAGAAAUGGUCCAACAUCAUGUUGUCCUUUUCAGACUUUCAUAUAUUCCAAACCUCAUUAAUGGAAUUUUGUCCAGUUUAACAGUACUGCUUCAUUGUACUGUUCAAAAUAAUUUUUGUGGACUCUCGAAAGACUCGAUUGUUCUUGCUGCUUUGUACAUAAAUGUAUAGCUUCAGAAAGCUUACAGCUUUAAUACACUAUUCUUAAUUCUUUAAUAAGUGAUCUAGCCAUAAUGAAGAGACACCAUGAGUGGCACUGACACACGCAGUACAUCAGCAAACUGUAUAGAGGCAGUAGAAUCUGUCUACAUUGACAAGUCUGAGAUUAAAGUUCUGUGCAUUUUUCACCUGAAUCAAAUAGGUGGAGUGCUUUUCUUCAAAUCUUUGACCCGUCUAUUUGUCAUAUUAGUUGAGUUUUUUUUUUUUUAAACAAUUCCAAUUAGAAGGAAUAAGGGCACACAUCCCUUGUCCUUUUUAUUCUUUUUUUUUUUCUCAUUCUUUGCCCCCCAAGCCCCAUUACAAAUUUAUAAAAGAAACAUUAUCUUGAAUCAUUUAAUUUGGGGCAAUUAAAUUUUGAAAUUCCACAUUCAUUAUUCAUAGGCUUCAAGAUAAAACCCCUUUAAUCCUUGAAUAGAUUAUUACAGUGUGGGCAGUGGUAAACUCGGGUAGCCCUGCACAUGUCCGGUAUUGUUAGUAGUAUUCUUGUCAGGGUUGAGAGCAGGAGUGCAUUGAGCUCCCUUUGGCCUGGGACCAUUACACCAAAGUAAUUCUGCCUAUGAAUAAUACACACUACUUCUAUUAAUAUAGAAUGCCAUCAAGCCCCGAAAGGAGGGCCCAUUGUCGUGUGGGGGAGGGGGUAAUAUUUCAGAAGUUUGGGAGGUCAUAUUUAAAUUAUUUUCUUAAAUGUUUCAGACAUGCAAAGAUGACUUUGUGCACUUUUAAAGUCAACAUGAAAUCAGAGUUGAACC